UUCAAACCGCCCCAAAUCAUGAAGUUGGUGGCACAAUGUUUCACGGCAUACACAGACUGAAGUCAUAGGAUUAAUUGCUUGCAUGCCGUAGGACUAAACUCCGUACAUGUCUAUCCAUAGGGCGACCUGCCUGAACGCCACCUAUUUUUAGAUUAGAAGGGACAUUAUAUCUGCCUGGUUAGGCUAUAUGUAUGGUGCCCAGGCCUAGAGGAUCCAUCCUCCUCUUCCUCGCGAUGGGGGCGGAGUGGUAAGCACAGCUGCGCCUCGUACCAUUGGUAUUACAUAUUAAGCCCAAGAUCCCCCCAAAAUCGUCUUGCGGUCUGAACGCGGAGUCAUUUCUUCGACACUCUCGUCCUUUAAAUUCGGUUAAAAAAAAAGAAGAAAAGAGAAAAAAAAGAAAUUUUAUACUACGCGCCGCCAUGCAGUUAUUCAUCGUCGUCGCGAUAUUUCUAGGUCUUGUCUACAGCGCCGUGGUGGACAUAGUCGGAGGCUGCAACGUGGCGACCAACGUGUGCUAUGCAAACGUAGACAAUUCGGAGCAAGCCUCCUGCUCGUCGAAAGCACCCUGCACCGAUAACGCGAAAGCUUGCACGAUACAGAUCGUCGCGCCUAUAGGCUUCCCGGAACGAGGCAAGGCGACAUGUUCGUAGCGGGAUGCUAGCGCAUGGGCUCUUUUUUCUUGGUUAGAAAAUAAAAUAAAAACGUUCAUUAAAACCAUCCGGGAUCCGGGCCUUCCGUG